GUUGAAGGCCGCCUCAUGGCCAGAGGGGAAUUUGGUUUCUGGUACCAUGCGUCAAGCUUCCUACAGCUUCGAUGCAAAGAGAAAAAAGACAAAAAGAAGCAGAUAUUGAUGAAAAUCAUGUGUAGAUCAUAUUUCUUUCUCUUCACAGUCGGUCCUCACCUCAUCAACUGUGUCUCCAACAACAUGGAGACCUUCCGCUGCAGAUGGAGCGUCGGGUCCUUCCAGAACCUCUCAGAACCGAGGGACCUGCGCUUGUUCUACUUCAACAGAAUCAGGCCCCCCCAUGCCUUGGAGGGAAAAUGGAGUGAAUGUCCUGACUACAGCAGGGAGAGGACAGACGAGUGCUUCUUUAACAAGACACACACCACCGUCUGGACGUCUUACACGGUGCAGCUGCGCUCCAGGGACCAAGCUGUCCUGUAUGAUGAGAUCUCCUUCUCUGUCAACGACAUUGUGCAACCAGACCCUCCUGUGGGGCUGAACUGGACGCUGAUGAACGUGAGCCUGACCAGCACCCACUUUGACAUAAUGGUGAGCUGGAAGCCUCCAGGGUCCGCCGACGUGGAGACGGGAUGGAUGGCGCUGCAGUAUGAGGUCCAGCACCGCCAGGUCGGCUCUGAGCACUGGGAAGUGACCGAAAUGGUGAGAAGCACGCAUCGCUCCCUGUUUGGGCUACAAACCAACGUCAACCAUGAGGUCCGGGUUCGCUGCAAAUCCUUUGGAGGGAAUUGCUUUGGAGACUUCAGCGACUCUGUGUUUGUCAACAUCCAGUCUAAAGCUUCCAGAUUCCCAGUUAUGGCCUUACUGAUCUUCGGAGCUUUGUCUCUAGUAGCCAUCCUGCUGCUGGUCAUCAUUUCACACCAAGAAAAGUUGAUGUUUAUCCUGCUGCCUCCUGUUCCUGGACCUAAGAUACAAGGAAUUGACCCAUAUCUACUGAAGAAAGGGAAACUUCGAGAACUCACAUCCAUCCUCAGCGGUCCCCCAGACCUGAGGCCGGAGCUCUACAACAGCGACCCCUGGGUGGAGUUCAUCGACCUGGACAUCGAGGAUCACAGCAACAAAGUCAUGGACGUGGACACGGUGCGUCUCAUGGACCUGUCCCUUUCCUCGCACUGCUCUCCGCUCUCGGUCGGCUUCAGAGACGAUGACUCGGGCCGCAGCAGCUGCUGCGAACCAGACCUUCUCAGCGAGUCAAACAUGUCACCUGUCCAUCCUCUCACCCCGAAGCCGUCCCAGACGAGCGCCGGUGAGCAGAGCUCUGGGUUUGUGGAGCCAGAGCCCAAAGAAGCGGCGUAUACGCAGGUCGGCGAGGUCAGGUCCUAUGGGAAUGUGCUGCUGUCACCUGAGCAGCUCACAGUGGAGGACAAAAAUCCCAGCAAGGAGAGCGGCGCGGUGGAUGAGAGCAAAAAGAAGGAAGAUGACCCAGAGGAGGUUAGCUCAGGUCAGAGAGGCUGCACCUCUCAGAGUCCUGCUGCUAAAACGGGCCUUUCUGAUCCCCCCGAGUCCAGCACAUCCCAGCUGUCCUCUGCUCCGGUCUACACCGUAGUGGAAGGUGUCGACAGGCAGAACAGCCUCCUACUGACACCAAACCCAACACCAGACCCCAACCCCACCUUCCCGAAGAUCACACCGACGCCGGAUGGCUACCUGCCUCCCGAUCUGCUGGGAAGCAUCACGCCCUAAAUCAGCAGAGGAUAGAGUUACCCAGCAGCCUUUCCUCUGAAAGGGAAGGACAGUUCCAGGAGGUUGACUGCUCAGGGGCCCUGGCUGCAUUUCAGCUGGACUAAAAUAGCUUCAGGGGGUGAAAGGUAAUUUUUUCAACCCUUUUGCUCCUCACGUUAUCAGGUCUUCAUCUCUGAGGAGGCGAGUAAGAACAGGGAGCAGAGAACCAGCCUGAAAAAUGAAAGAGUUCAGAGAAAAACAAAUCAGACUAGCAUAAAUGAAACCUCUGCUAAAGCCGCAUGUGUCAGUUCAUGUUAGGGCAUCAGUGAAAGCACGCGGAGGCGGAUGACUCACCCGGCGCACACGGAGAAACCCUGGUUCUGCAGACUUAAAAGGGAACAACAAAAAAAACUCAACGACAAUUUUUUUCGCUUCAAAAAGAAA